AUGUCAAUCUUUGGCCGAAGUAGCUCGUCGACUCCUUCUCCUAGCACACCAUCGAACAUCGAUGCCGCCGCAACCGAGUUGGAAAUGGUCUCAGAUCUAUUCAAUCGGUUGGUAAGAUCUUGCCAUACCAAGUGUAUCGGAAACCGGUACUUGGAAGCGGAUUUAACCAAGGGGGAAAGUACAUGUAUAGAUCGAUGUGUCGAUAAGUUCUUCAACGUCAAUACGAAAGUCGGCGAACGGAUUCAGGCCAAAGGCGCAGCCAGUCAAAUGUCACAACCUUAA